AAAAUAAAAUGGUAAUGCCAUUAAUGGGAACCAGAGAGGUAACCUCAUAGAGUGAAACCAUUUCCCUCCCAGCUGGUCCCAGGGGAAGCUGUGGCCUAAGAGAGCUGGGACCAAGCCUGGGUCUUUUGCAGCCCCCAUACCAUGAAAGUUCCUUUUCUGCUUCCCUUUGUGGAAGGGGGGUUCCCCUCCACCAUACACAUUCUGUCUUUGAUAUUUGAGGCUUUUGAACCAAUGGUGAGAGAGUAGGCUGGUGGGAGGGGUCUAUAUUUAGUAAAGGAUCUAGUAGGUCCUUAUACUUUUUACCUUCCUUCUGUGUCUGUACUGCCUGGGAAAAAAUAAAAAUAGCUAGUAUUUAUUGACUAGGCACUAUUCUGAAUGCUUUACGUGUAUUAACUUAUAUGAUCCUAAUGUAUAGAUAUUAUUUCAUCUCCAUUUUAUAGAUAAGAAAACUGAGGCAUAGAGAGGUAAGUGAUUUGUCCAGUGUUCCAGCUAAGAAAUAGCAAGUAAUCUAGCACCAGAGUUUUCAUGUUUAUACACAUAAGCUACAUUAUACUGCAUCUUUUUGUAACAUCUUGUUCAGUAUUCCUCAUUGUGUAUCUGUCUCUUAGUCUUGAUGAGAUUUCGGAUGGUGUCAAGUUAACAUAACAGGACCUGGUUUCUUUCUGUGUAACCCCAUUCUUUCUUCUCGGUGGGUAAAGGGCUCCCUAACCAAGAGUGUUCCUCUCACUUCUCCAUAGGUCAUUGCUUCCAGAGGGGCCCAGAAGAGGGAGGAGGCACGGCCUCCACUAUAGCAGCUUUACCCAUAAUGCAGAGCAUCAAGUGUGUGGUGGUAGGCGAUGGGGCUGUGGGCAAGACAUGCCUGCUCAUCUGCUACACAACCAACGCCUUCCCCAAGGAAUAUAUCCCCACAGUGUUCGACAAUUACAGUGCCCAGAGCGCAGUUGAUGGGCGCACAGUGAACCUGAACCUGUGGGAUACUGCGGGCCAGGAGGAAUACGACCGCCUCCGCACACUUUCCUACCCUCAGACCAAUGUCUUUGUCAUCUGUUUCUCCAUUGCCAGUCCACCCUCCUAUGAGAAUGUGAGGCACAAGUGGCAUCCAGAGGUGUGCCACCACUGCCCUGAUGUGCCCAUCCUUCUGGUGGGCACCAAGAAGGACCUGAGAGCCCAGCCUGACACCCUACGGCGCCUCAAGGAGCAGGGCCAGGCACCCAUCACACCGCAACAGGGCCAGGCACUGGCCAAGCAGAUCCAUGCUGUGCGCUACCUCGAGUGCUCAGCCCUGCAGCAGGACGGCGUCAAGGAAGUGUUCGCUGAGGCUGUCCGGGCUGUGCUCAACCCCACACCGAUCAAGCGUGGGCGGUCCUGUGUCCUCUUGUGACCCUGGCACUCAGCUUGGAGGCUGUCCCUGCCCCCCCUACCAGUUGUGCCUUGGCGCCUUGUCUGCCCUCAGCUGUGCCUUAAGGACUAAUUCUGGCACCCCUUGCCAGGGGGCUCCCUGAAUGCCUUUUCUCCUUAAGGAGGCCCAAAGGGAAAGAAGCUUUUUGGGCCCCACCCCACUCUGCUUGGGAACACCAGGUAUUCUCAUGAGCUUACCCAGGCCAACGUUGACCCUCCCAAAAGGCCAACCCAGUGCCACCCCCCAUUUUCUGCUACUGACCAGUUCAUCUUGCUCUCCACAAAGUGCCCAUUGUGGUGCUUUCUCUCAGGUUAGGGGCUCAGCCAUCUCUAACCUUUGUCCUUGCUGCUCUUGGAAUUGCCCCCACACCCCAAAUGCUCUCUCCCUUCCCCAAGGAAGGAGCCACAAAAUCCUGAGAAGAUAAAUGUGCCCUAACCUGCUCCCUGUGCCCAGGCCUUAUGCAUCUGCUGACUGAUUAAGCCCCCUGUGCUCCUGGGGGCCUUUCCUACCCCCAUCAACAUCAAUAAAACCUCCUGUUUUCCAGUG